GUGGGCGUGGGGCGGGUUGGAGCGGGUGGCAGAUGAGGGCCCUGCGUGGGGCGGGUUGGAGCCGGUGGCGGAUGAGGCCCCUGCGAGGGGCAAGCGCGGCAGUGGCUGGGGCGGCGUGGCCCGCGUGACCCUCCGCCGCGCCUGGUGCGCCCCCGAGCCCGCGCCUCGUUGCGCUGGCUCAGCCGCAGAAUGCAAGCUCCGCCGCUGCUGCUGCUGCUGGCCGCCUGCGCCCCGCCCUCAGGCGCAUCUGUGACCCCGACGCCGCCGGGUUGGGAGCCGGCCUCCGACGCGCCCUGGUGCCCUUACAAGGUGCUGUCCGAGGGCCCCGAGGCGGGCGGUGGGCGCCUAUGCUUUCGCAGCCCCGUUCGGGGUUUCCGCUGCCAGGCACCCGGCUGCGUGACGCUGGUCUCGGCGGGUGGUUCGCUGCGCGCCCACGUCCUGCGCAACCGCAGCGUGCUGCUGCAGUGGCGCCUGGCUCCAGCCGAGGCGCGCCGCGUGCGAGUCUUCGCGCUGAACUGCUCGUGGCGUGGCACCUACACACGCUUCCCGUGCGAUCGCGUGCUGUUGGGCGCCUCCUGCCGCGACUACCUGCUGCCCGAUGUGCACGAUAGCGUGCAUUACCGCUUGUGCCUGCAGCCGCUGCCGCUACGCGCCGAGCUCGCCGCCGCCCAGCUAGAGCUCGCCGAGUGCGUGGAGUUCACCGCCGAACCGGCAGCUAUGCAGGAGAUCGUGGUGGCCAUGACGGCGGUGGGCGGCUCCAUCUGUGUCAUGUUGGUGGUCAUCUGCCUGCUGGUGGCCUACAUCACCGAGAACCUCAUGCACCCGACCUUCCGGCGACCCAGCCGUCGCAGGCAGUCCUGAAGCGCAAGGCGACCCGCCCACCUGGGUUCCACCUGCCCAAAUGUGCUAAGACCCUAGGCCCUUUCCCUGCUUACCUCUCCCUCUUUGCGAUGCUCAUGGAGGGCCUAACGGAGACUAGCCCGUGCAGGGACCUUGUCAUCAUCCCACGACCUUGCCAGCCCCAGCUGGGUAUCUGCCUUCCAGACUCAGGCCUCAGACUGGCCAUGGGCCCCAAGCUAGAGUGUCAGCCGCGCCCGGGGGUCUUCCCUAUCUCUAGAAGCCUUGUAGGGCCGGCCAGAAUUUACAGUUCCUCUGUCAAGAGCCACUGGCACCCAGGAUCAUCAACCUGAACUUUCGUCCUGUCCUAGGUUGUCAGAGCUUGGGCGUGAUCGUUGCUUGGUCACUUUGUGUUUUGCAGAUGGGGAGGAGUGACCUCUGGAUCCUGUACCCACCCCACCUUACCCAGUGGGCUUAGGUUAGCUUUGUGCCUUAGUUUCUCUGGCCCACUGCAGGAGCCACCCAUCAUCCUCCAGCUGUCCAUGGGGAUUUGUCGGCCCAGUGUACUGGCUGGCUUAUGCAUGCUUCUUUCUGUCCAGAGUCCCACUCAGGACACAACCAUCCUCGAGAUUUUCAGGACCCAGGGGCAGAGGUUCGCAGGCCCUGUUUUGUCUUCCUAUGUGGGUGUCCAAGAAGCCAAGAGCCAUGAUGUAGCCCAGCAGGCUGGACCCAGUGUCCAGCUGCUGCAUCCGGGGGUGAGUGCCCUCCACCUUAGGAGGCUGGGGAUUCACCCUUGCCUUUCGCUUGUACUGCCUUGAUUAGGACUUUCCCGGUGUGUGCUCCGGGGAGGGGGAGGGGAAGGGGUGUUGGGAGGACAGCUCAAGGGAUCAUGAGAGCUGAAGGAAAGCUGCCAGCCUCGUUCCUCCAGCCAGACCCUUAUCUGUGAUAUGGAUCCCAAGCCUCAACCAACUUGAGACCUCAGUGGCCACGGGGCCACUUCACUACCUACCCCACGUCCUUCUUACACUAGAGGGUAGAGAGCCUGAGCUCUGACUCCAGUGAUGUGUAGCCCCUCCCAUCUGCACGGGCAGAGGGUUGGCCUUGCCUACCUCCUGGCAGACGUGGGCACCUGGCUGAGGUCACCCAGCCAUCUGGUGAUAUUGGGCACUGGGAAAGAAUAAGGCAUUUCCCAGGCCUCUGAGCCUGGGCUCUGACCACUGGACUUGAACUCUGGCUAUUUGCCCUCCCAACUCUCACCCCAGCGACCAUGAUGACCUGAGCCCUAGCUGGUAGCACUUGUGCCCUACCUCUCUGUCUUUGCUCUGCCCUCUCCCUGUGAGGCACCAGAGAGUUGCCAACAUCUAAAUGUCCAUCACUCUCAGACCAAAAAAAUACUGUCUUGUGUGUUUAUUUGGGAUGUUGGAGGGAAGGUUGUGGGUGAGGGAAGGUGAAUUCAGUUCCACCAAGGGCCUCAAGCAUUAAUCCAGUGGCUGGCCUUGAACUUUUUCUCCCGGUGGGCAUGGGAUGGGGAUCAGCCCCAGGCAGUGUUCACAGGAAUGCUGACUUUACAGUGUGGCAGAAGGACCGGCAGGGUGUCCAUGGCUCACUUGUCCACCCUCAGACCUUGGGAAAGCAUCCCUUCCUAGGCCGGCCAUGUUGGGUGGGUGGUGGGUGGGGAGGUGGUACUGUCAGUGGCCAGAAAUAGGCUCAGCAUACAACGAUGGCCCAUUUGAACUGUCACAAGCAACAGUUAUACAGCUCUAGGAGAGGGUACCCUCCCCCCUGCCUGGGGCUACCCUCUGCAGUGUUAAGAUUUGGGAGUAGGAUUUGGCAUAAAGUGAAUCUGGGGCUACCGUGUGGGCCACUCACUCUCCCCACCUGGAAUGUCCUUGGGGCUCUUAUGCUCCUAUGACCCUGAAGAAGGCAACAGCGCAAGACAGGGAUGA